AUGGGAACCAAAUCAUUUCGAUUAUUUCUUCUGGUUAUUUUCCUGUCUUAUGUACAUGUUGAUGAAUGUUCCUUUCCAGGAAAUGUCAAUCGACAACGUAUCGUUCUGCGAAGUUUAUUUACACAUUCGCAUUAUCCAUCGGUACAUUUCGCCCUUGAACAAGUCAAUUCGCAAUUGUUAUCUCAAAUCAACCGCGAGUUGUAUCUGAAUGGAACAGAGAGCAUGAUUACAUGUGAUGUGGGGACUGGCAUAAAAACAUUUUUUGACAUGCUUCACCAGUCUUCAUCAUUGAAUGUCUUGUUUACUGAUACUUGUCAACAUGUUCUCAGUUACAUUUCCGAAACAGCAACUUAUUUUCAUUUGCCUAUUAUUUCGUUCACUGAUAAUGAUCUUUCGUUGUUAGCUAAAGAUCGUUAUCCGUAUUUUUAUCAUGUUGUACCAUCAGAUCAUGCACAUAAUUUAGUUCGUAAGGAACUUUUACAAUAUUUUAAUUGGACACGAUUUGGGUUAAUUUAUCAGCACGGGUCAAGAUAUACUCUGGUAGCCAAUGAUUUUUCGAACUUAACUGUGAUGGAUGUACGACAAUUUGAAGUGAAUUUAACACGUGGUUUGGCUUAUCGGCAUGGGCCAGAAUGGCACGAUGAUAAUGCAAGAUAUAUUCAGUCAUUGUUGAGAGAUUUCAAAGAACGUGAUGUUCGAAUAAUCAUUGCUAAUUUCAAUCAAACCAUUGCUAUUAAUAUGUUUUGUCAUGCAGCUCGGGAACAUGUCUAUGGAUCUCGUUAUCAAUGGAUUAUACUUGGAUAUCCAUCGUCAUCGGCAUGGUGGUACGAAUCAAGUGAUUGUUCUCAACAAGAACUGAUUCGUGCAAUAAAUGGAACUUUGCAAACGCGUGUACCACGUUUAUCAGUCGAUGAUGCUCAAAAUCGAUCGAAUGAUGUUUUGGAAUAUUUAAAAAACUUUUCGAAUAUCGAGCAAGGAUAUUUCGAUGGUUACGCUUAUGAUACCAUAUGGAGUCUGGGAUAUUUGUAUUAUUCUCAAUCAGUCAAUAAUCUAUCGAGUACUGAACUCUUUCGAGAACAUUUUCAAGAUAUCGAUUUCAUUGGUGCUACUGGAAGAGUGAGAUAUGCAAAUGGUGAACGAAUUGGUGAGAUACUUGUCGAACAAUUCGUUGCAUGUCGACAGAUGAGCGAUGGUACAUGUUCAAUUCCAUGUUAUGAAGAAGAAAACGAUUGUAAUAUAACAGUUGUGAAAGUUUUUCUUGCUAAAAAUUCAGAUUCGAAAGAUGAUCCACCGACUUUAUAUAAACUCAAUCCAAUUCUGUGGCAUGGUAAUGGUCCACCGCGGGAUCGAACCAAUCAAACAAUCGAAUUUCAACAUGUGUAUUUAUCAGUAUUUAUAUCUAUAUCAAUCUGCAGUGGCAUUGGAUUGUUCAUCUCAUGUGCUUUUCUGACUUUUAAUAUUCAAUUUCGAUCACAUCGAUAUAUCCGAAUGUCAAGUCCAUUGUUGAAUAACUUAAUUCUAUGUGGCUGUAUGUUAGCUUAUGCAAGUGUUAUCCUAAUGGGUAUCAAUUCAUCUUUGUUUGCAAGGAAAUCAUACACGAAAAUGAUUAUGAAUAUCGUUUGUCCGAUUCGUGUUUGGAUACUAUGCAUUAGUUUUACCUUAGCUUUUGGUUCAAUGUUUAGUAAGACUUGGCGAGUACAUUCAAUAUUUACGAAUAUUAAUAUAACGAAAAAGGGUAUUCAUGAUUCGCGAUUACUUGCAUUGGUUGGUAUUCUUCUCUUAACCGACUUGACAUUUCUAAUUUCUUGGCAAGUAUUUGAUCCAAUUCAUCAACAAUUGAUUUAUAAUUUACCAAUUCGUUCAAAAAGUAAUCCUGAUAUCGAUAUUAUUCCCUAUCGCGAAGCAUGUCGAAGCAAAAACAUGAGUUUAUGGUUUGUUAUUUUGAUCAUCUACAAAGGUUUGUUAAUGUUUUAUGGAUCAUUUCUUGCAUGGAAAACUCGACAUGUGACCAUCUCGGGAUUAAAUGACUCACGUUACAUUGGUUUAAGUGUUUACAUUGUAUUCAUCUGUUGCACACUUGGAUCACUGGUUGCUUUUAUUCCUUCUGAACAAAUUCAAUUUUCAUAUUUUCUUCGAGCGUUUUUUAUUGGCACAUGUACCACGGCUACAGUUUGUUUAGUAUUUGUUCCUAAAAUUGUCGAAGUCUAUCGUGAUCCACAUUCAAGAAAAAGACAACCAAGAGUAACAAGUCGUUUUCAUGACAGAGCCAAGCGUUCAGCUGUCGUUACGAAACAACAAUUGAACGCCGCUUUGGCAGAUAACCACGAUUUAAAAUUAGUUUUGGCCAUGCAAGAACAAACAAUCGCUCGUUUAUGCGAAGAACUAAAUAAUCCACAGAUAAGAAAGGACACACUCUCCGAUUCGGAAACAGUCGAACUCGAUCGUUUGAUCAUAUCGGAUAGAGAAGAUGAAGACACAGAAGAGGAUGAUGAUCAUGAGCAUAGUAGUAUAGAAUCGAUCCAAAACUAUCCUUUAACAAAGUCAAAGCACGUUGCUCGCGCAGUUAGUUUAUGUUUACUCAACAAAGUUCAAAUGAAACAACUGUAUUGGCCCGAAACUGUCGGCGUCGGUCGUUAUUCAAUUCCUUCACAAAAUGAUCAAUAUCAUGUUUCGUCGUCGUCAUCAUCUGCACGAAGAAUAUUCUUUCGUCAAACAUACCAAACUUCGAGUGAUACCGACAAAGACAAUUCUCGACUCUUAGAAACUGCACCGAAUGCGACGAAAUCUACUUACGAUGGCUUAAUUACACUUGAUGAACAUCGCCUGAAUGAUAUGAUUGAAACUGAUCUUGUAUCAUCAACGAACAGUUAA